UCCUAUUUUCUAUUCAUCAUUCGAUUAUUGUCUGCCUCAUCAGAUCUAAACUUUUGCUUCAAACUGCGAGGCAAAACCAGCGAAUAAACAGGAAGAAUGGACGCAAUUGACUCUGUUUUCGAUCCGCUAAGAGAGUUCUCCAAGGACAGUGUUCGUCUCGUCAAGAAAUGCCACAAGCCGGAUCGCAAAGAAUUUACAAAGGUGGCGUUCCGUACAGCGAUCGGAUUCGUGGUAAUGGGAUUUGUAGGUUUUUUCGUCAAGCUCAUCUUUAUCCCCAUUAACACAUUAUCGUCGGAUCCGGUUAGGCUUGUUUCGUGUUACUGACUCAGCAGGGGAAGGAACUCCAUGCUUUUAGAUUGAAGAGAUAAAUCGUCUGAGUUCAUGAACUAAUUUCAGUUUAGGGUUUGGUUUUUCUUUAUGUUCAUGUUCGUUGGAUUUUAGUGGGACGGAAGGAAUAUUAAGUUUGUAUUAUUACAAAAUUUUAUUAAGUUGGUCCAAUUCGAGUUAACUAGGUUUUAUUUA